UGCUACUCCUAAAACUAUCAGAUCCGAGAGGGUAGAAACCCACAAACCCCUAACCCAAAACAGCCCCAAAUCCACCCCAAAGGUUGGUCGUCACCCAUGGCCGGCGGCGGACAAGCGGCAGUCUCGUUCCUGACGAAGAUCGCGAAGGCGGCGGCCGGGGUCGGCCUUGCUGCGUCUGCGGUCUCUACGUCCCUCUACACGGUGGACGGCGGGCAGCGGGCGGUCAUCUUCGACCGCUUCCGCGGCGUGCUCCCGGAGACCGUCUCGGAGGGUACCCACGUCCUCGUCCCCUGGCUUCAGAAGCCCUUCAUCUUCGACAUCCGCACGCGCCCACACAGCUUCUCCUCCACAUCCGGCACCAAGGACCUGCAGAUGGUCAGCCUCACGCUCCGCGUUCUCUCCCGCCCCGACGUCGAACGCCUUCCGGAUAUCUUCACCUCGCUCGGCCUCGACUACGACGACAAGGUGCUCCCCUCCAUCGGCAACGAGGUGCUCAAGGCCGUCGUUGCCCAGUUCAACGCAGACCAGCUCCUCACCGACCGCCCCCACGUCUCUGCGCUCGUCCGUGACGCCCUCGUCCGCCGCGCCGGCGAGUUCAACAUCGUGCUCGACGACGUCGCCAUCACCCACCUCGCCUACGGGCACGAAUUCGCCCUGGCCGUCGAGAAGAAGCAGGUGGCGCAGCAGGAGGCCGAGCGCUCCAGGUUCCUUGUAGCGCGUGCAGAGCAGGAGAGGCGUGCUGCCAUCGUCCGUGCGGAGGGAGAGAGCGAGUCCGCACGGCUCAUCUCUGAGGCCACUGCUGCUGCGGGCAACGGCCUGAUCGAGCUGAGGAGGAUCGAGGCCGCCAAAGAGAUAGCUGGAGUGCUGGCGCGCUCACCCAAUAUCUCCUACAUCCCCUCCAGUGACAACAGCCAGAUGCUGCUCGGGCUCAGCGCCGCCCGGUGAAUGAACUGUCACUAAUCCUUCAGUUGAUUACAGUACUUUAGUAACUUCAGGUGCAUCGGAACCAUUAGCAAUUUAUGAUUUUAUUGGAGAAUGUACCCUUAUGAUGAUGAUAUGAUGCUAAUAAAUUUGCACUUAUGGGUGCUGUUAUUGAACAAAUUCUGCAUUUUGGUUGCCCAAAUUAUGUUAUAUUUGUGCUUUUGGUAAAUCAUCUA